AUGGCGGCCACCAUAUCUUCCUGCCUGAGCGUCCUGCCCACCGUGCACCACCGGGGCAUCCCCAAUGCGGCACUGAUGAACACGCUUCAGCACCGUCGUCGUUCUUGCCGCUAUGUCGUCGUCGCCUCGGCGUGCACAACCGACCGGGCGGCCCCUGUGAUCGGGGACACGGGCCCCGGCUCUGUUCAGGCGGCGAAGCCGUCCGGGCAUUCUGACGACGGACAACUGGCCGCACGGUGGCGGGAGAUCCAUGGUAGCAACAACUGGGAGGGUCUCCUGGACCCCCUCGACGCGGUGCUCCGCGGCGAGCUCAUCCGCUACGGCGAGUUCGCGCAGGUCACCUACGACAGCUUCGACUACGACCGCUUCUCCCCCUACUGCGGCAGCUGCAAGUACCCGGCCAGGACCUUCUUCCACGACGUCGGCCUCGGCGGCGUCGGUUACGAGGUGAGCCGCUACCUCUACGCCACCUGCAACGGCCUCAAGCUCCCCAACUUCGCCAACCGGAAGCACACGGCCGCCGACGCCAAGCUGUGGAGCGAGUCCGGCACGUUCAUCGGGUACGUGGACGUGUCGACCGACGAGGAGACGGCGCGGCUCGGCCGCCGGGACAUCGCCUUGGCGUGGCGCGGCACGAUCACCCGCCUCGAGUGGGUGGCCGACCUGACGUCCGACCAGAUCCCGCUGCGCGAGACGGGCGUCCCGUGCCCGGACCCCGGUGUGAAGGUGGAGAGAGGGUUCGCGGCGCUGUACACGAACAAGGACGCCGACUGCCGGUUCUGCAGGUACUCGGCGAGGGAGCAGGCGCUGGCCGAGGUGCGCAAGCUGGUGGAGCUGUACCACGGGCGGGGCGAGCCGGUGAGCGUGAUGGUCACGGGCCACAGCCUGGGCAACGCGCUGGCGAUGCUGUGCGCCUUCGACGUCGCGCAGACGCGCGCGAACGCAUCGCCGGACGACAGCAGAGUGGCGGCAGUGUGCGUGUUCUCCUUCCCGGGGCCACGCGUCGGGAACGUCGGCUUCCGGUGGCGGUUCGAGCGGGAUCUCGGCGUGCGGGCGCUGCGCGUCGUGAACGUGCACGACAGGGUGCCCAAGGUGCCCGGCGUGUUCUUCAACGAGGUGGCGUUCCCGGAGCUCGUGCUGCGGGCGGUGGACAGGCUGGGUGUCGGUGGCGUGUACACGCACCUGGGCGUGGCGCUGGAGCUGGACCACAGGGCGUCGCUGUUCCUCAAGGAGACCUUGGACAUCUCGUGCUACCACAACCUGGAGGCGCACCUGCAUCUGCUAGACGGCUUCCGCGGCUCCGGCGAGGGGUUCGAGCUCCGAGGCAGGGACCCCGCGCUGGUGAACAAGUCGGCCGACUUCCUCCGGGAGGACCACAUGGUGCCGCCCGUGUGA